AAGAAGACGUUCCCGUCUCUUCUGCAAACAGACGUGUCUUCUACGAUUCAUUGAAACAAAUAGAGAGAGUAGGAGAAGAAGAAGCUCAGCAGCUUUUCCUGAGAAGAAUAUGGCUAUUGCAGAAAUUAGAGAAGAAGAGGAGGAAGAGUCACCUCCUCUUCUGAACGAAAUUGAAGGGGCUUCAAAGCCUCGCCGCAUCGCUCUCUUUGUAGAACCUUCUCCUUUUGCUUAUGUGUCUGGAUACAAAAAUCGGUUUCAGAAUUUCAUCAAAUAUCUGCGUGAAAUGGGGGAUGAGGUCAUGGUUGUAACAACACAUGAAGGAGUACCCCAAGAGUUUUAUGGAGCAAAGUUAAUUGGAUCAAGGAGCUUCCCCUGCCCCUGGUAUCAAAAGGUGCCCCUUUCGCUAGCACUCAGCCCUAGAAUAAUCUCAGAGGUCGCCAAUUUCAAGCCUGACAUAAUCCAUGCAUCAUCGCCUGGAAUAAUGGUAUUUGGAGCUCUGAUCAUAGCGAAACUACUGUGUGUGCCUAUUGUGAUGUCAUAUCACACUCAUGUCCCAGUAUAUAUUCCAAGAUACACCUUUAGUUGGUUGGUGAAACCUAUGUGGUUAGUUAUAAAGUUUCUUCACAGGGCUGCUGAUCUUACUCUCGUACCUUCUGCUGCCAUUGGGAGGGAUCUUCAGGCAGCUCGGGUAACAGCAGCUAAUAAGAUACGACUCUGGAAUAAAGGUGUUGAUUCUGAAAGCUUUCACCCCCGCUUCCGUAACUUUGAUAUGCGUGUAAAACUAAGCAAUGGAGAACCUGAGAAACCACUGAUAAUCCAUGUUGGAAGGCUAGGAGUUGAGAAGAGCUUGGAUUUUCUAACGAGGGUCAUGGAAAGGCUUCCGGAAGUGCGGAUUGCUUUUAUAGGAGAUGGACCAUAUAGGGGAGAACUUGAAGAAAUGUUCUCUGGCAUGCCUGCAGUGUUCACAGGAAUGUUACAAGGAGAGGAACUCUCUCAGGCAUAUGCUAGUGGAGAUGUGUUUGUGAUGCCUUCUGAAUCAGAGACCCUUGGACUUGUUGUCUUAGAGGCCAUGUCAUCAGGAGUUCCAGUGGUGGCAGCUCGGGCUGGGGGUAUCCCUGACAUAAUUCCCACAGAUCAGGAGGGGAAAACAAGCUUCCUUUUUAAUCCAGGAGAAGUUGAGGACUGCUUGAGCAAAUUGAAACCUCUAUUGUCCAACGAAGAGUUGAGAGAAACCAUUGGAAAAGCUGCACGUGUGGAGAUGGAGAAGUAUGAUUGGCGAGCAGCCACCCGUACAAUAAGGAACGAGCAAUACAAUGCCGCAAUUUGGUUUUGGCGUAAGAAAAGAGCACAGCUACUGAGACCGAUACAAUGGUUGAUGAGACGAAUUUUCCGCUCACCAGAAGUUAACUAUGGGUGAUGCUAGGGUCUCCUGGGCUCAAAUGCCUGACUGUACAAAGUUUCUUGGUCUAGAAUGAAACCCUUAAAGAAUGCAUGGACUGAUGGUUGUUUUUAUGGUUUAUAGUCCGUGGAUUUUAGUUGUAUGAAGUGUUUGUAUAUUCAGGAUGGAUACAUAAUCUUGUCAUUUGUGAGCUGUUUCAAGGCCUUGAAAUUGAUUAAUUCAGAUUGCAGUAGAAAUAAACAUGGAAAAGUCAAUGUAGGUCA